AUGUCUGAUAUGUUACCAUUAGCCACAUACUCUUUGAACGUUCAACCAUAUGACCCUACUCCGGCCAUUGGUUUAGACAUGCCAGUUACUAUUCGUAUUACCAUGGCUGCCAUGGAUCCUGAACCAUUUGAUGAUGAAAAGAAGCCAUCUACUUUAAGAAUGAUCAAGAGAAACCCAAACUUUGAAGAUCACGAUCAAGACCACGAAGAAAGUUCUGAAGAUGAAGAAUCUGAAGAGUCUGAAGAAGAAGAAAAGGAGCCAAAGAAGAAGGCUGGCAAGAAGGAAGAAUCCGACGAUGAUGAAGAAGAAGAAGAAGAAGAAGAAUCUGACGACGAAGAAGGUGAAGACGAUGAAUUCGAAGAAUGUGUCUUGGCCACUUUAUCUCCAUCUACUUCUUUCCAACAAGUUCUAGACAUCACAAUUGCUCCAGAAGAAGAAGUUCAGUUUGUUGUUACUGGUUCUUACACUGUUUCUCUAACCGGUAACUACGUCAAGCACCCAUUUGACACUCCAAUAGAAGAAUUUGGAAGUGACAGUGAAGAAGAAUACGAUGACGAAUUAGUUCAAGACGAAUACCAAGACGAAGAUGACGAAGAAUUAAGUGACGAAUUGGAUGACUUAGAAGAUGCCAGUGACAUUGAAGGUCGCAUUGAAGAAUUAGUUUCUAAGGAUGAAGCUAAGAAGAACAAAAACAAGAGAAAGCAAGAAGAACAACCAAAAGAACCAGCGCAAGCUAAGAAAGUAAAGAAAGAAACUAAGAAGGAAACUAAGAGUGAAGAACCAAAGAAGGAAGAAAACAAAAAGGCCAAAAAAGUAGAAUUCAAGAAGGAUUUAGAAGAAGGUCCAACCAAGAGCCAGAAACCAAAAGCCAAGGUCUUAGAAGGUGGUGUCAUAGUUGAAGACCGUACUGUUGGUAAGGGUGCUUUAGCCAAGAGAGGCUCUAGAAUCGGUAUGAGAUACAUUGGUAAAUUGAAGAACGGUAAAGUUUUCGACAAAAACACCAGUGGUAAGCCAUUUGUCUUCAAAUUAGGCCGUGGUGAAGUCAUCAAGGGUUGGGAUAUUGGUGUUGCCGGUAUGGCCGUCGGUGGUGAACGUAGAAUCGUUAUCCCAGCUCCAUAUGCCUAUGGUAAGUCUGCCUUACCAGGUAUCCCAGCUAACUCGGAAUUGACUUUUGAUGUUAAAUUAGUCUCCUUAAAAUAG